AGUAACAAUAAGGUGACUGAGUGUAAGCCAGUCGAGCAAUCUUAUCAGUUCGCCAGUUGUCGGGAAGAGCUCGAGUGAAACAGUGAUACAAUUACGAAUAGUUAAAAAAAAUUUAAUUUAUUUUUUUUAUAAAUUAAUUUAGAAAAGUGCUAAAGCAGUGUUUGAAAAGAGAUAAAUGAAAAAACUAUGAGAAAUUGCCUGCCACCCAAAACGUUACAAUGGCCGCCGCAUCGCUGAUUACAGCGGAUACAAAUCCGCCACAAAUAGAAGCAUAUGAAAAGUGCAAAAAUCACAAAAAUCGAAACCGACAAAUAUUAUUAAAUUAUAAAAGACAAAACAAUUGGCUGUGGCGGAACUGUCGUGGUCAUCAACAAUAUUUCGGCACAGCAACAUAUUGGCUCUUGGUGACGACAUUGCUCACAUUGUCUGCGUCCUACGGUCGCGCUGAUUACUACCGUAAUGGCGGUGGUUGGCAGCCACCACAGCCGAUGCUACCACCGCUUCAACCCAUCCCACCGCCUUUGGGCAGCUUACAGAAUGUCACUUGUAUAGCGCAUGACACUAAAUUCACUUGUGAUUGUCAGUCUGUGAAUCAGCGCCUACAACUACCUCACCUGAUCGGCUACGUGUUCCAAGUAGAAAUAAGUAAUUGCAGAUCCUUAACCAUCGAGGCCAAUGCACUCGAAGAUACGCAAGGUUUGCGCAAAAUAAAUUUCAAGAAUGUGGAAAAUUUGAUAUUGAACAAGUAUGCAUUGGCGUUUCCGCGCUACGCAAGCAAUACGCCGCUCAUUAUCGAAUUCGAUCGGGUGAAUUUCGAGUUGAUCGACUCGCAUGCGAUCAACGGUAAUAUAGAAGAGAUCUCAUUUAUCGGUGGACGCAUCGAUGUGAUAAAUCCAUUCGGUUUUACGACGCUCAAGGAUCGUGCUAUUUUAUUGAAAAUGGAUAAUGUGCUCGUUAAGCGAAUAGAACCACAGGCCUUCAAGAAGUUUGCCGUUGAACAACUGGAAAUUCGUAACUGUGUAUUUAACACAAAUGUGCCAUCGAAAGCAUUUUAUGAACUUGAGGUGCUCAACUCACUGCGUAUACACAACAACAAUUUUCAAGAAGUGCAUUCACAUGCAUUUUCGUUUAAAAUUAUCAACAAACUCAGCAUCACAGAGAACUAUUUCGCGGCCAUCGAUGCCGAGUGGAUUGAGGCCUACGUGCGUGAGAGCGUUGUAAUACGCGAUAAUUAUUUUGGUCUCACUAGUCCGAUAGCCUUUAAAGGCAUACACAUCCACCGCGAUUACAUGCACAGCGAACUGCUCGAACUGCAAUUCAACAACAACACACUACAACUGCCUGUGGAAACGCGGCCGCUGGAAUUUAACGAACGCUUUGCGCUCAACAUCAAACAGCUACGCUAUGAGAACACCUAUGGCUGCAGCGACUUGGACACAGCACAGAAACCACCGAUACCCAAGCAGACAUUCUUUCGCAAUAAUGUGGACAACAUCUAUGUGCUGGCAAAGCCGACCAAAGCGGUGGCAACACCCAUGAACGGGAUGAACGGCCAAAUGAUCGCGGCUAGUCGUAGCAACAGCGAAUUUGUCUUGUUGAACAAAUACAUCGAAACAAAUUGUCAGCCACGCUCCUAUUUGAUAUACAUACUUUUAGGCGUGCUAGCGCUGGUGCUCGUACUACUACUGAUCGGCAUCAUUGUGUGGCUGCAAGUGGCCAAGCGACGAAAGAAGCGCAAACUGGACGUUGUAUUGCCCGAACCGCGCACAUACAAGGAAACGCAAAUCGUCUAUCAGAUCGAAAAUGCGGGACUCCUAAAGACUGAUCUGUGAGCGUGCUAGCCAAAUGUGGAGGCUGACCAAGCAGUGGGGUGUUAUUGAGAGAAGCUAUGCAAAUUCUUUGCCACGCCAAAUAAAUUCUAAUAUAUAUAUGCUUAGAAUAUAUAAUAUAGAGAACAGUAGUAUAUAAAUAUGUAUACGAAUAGGGGGAGUAAAAGCGGGGGGUGUAAGCUGUUAUGCAUUAUAAGAAAUCCAAAUACGCUGUUUUACCAAAUUUUACGUUUAAGUUUUAUAGCUGUAAAUUAUUGAAGUUAUUGUAUAUAUAUAUAUAUAUAAUGUGAAUAAAUAUGAGUAUUUAAAUAAAUAAGA